AUGGCUAUACCACCACGUCCCUAUGAGUUAAGACGAGCGACUUCCAGAGGCAGUAAUCAAAUGUUCAGCGCUCUUAACAGCUUCUUAUUGGCUUUUCAGGUUCGAUGUUGGGAAGUGCAGAGAGAUGGUAAAACUAUAGGAAAGGCACAACAGACUAUGGGAGGUCCUGUAAUGGAUGUUGCAUGGCACGACGAUGGAAGCAAGGUGUUUAUGGCCAGUGCAGAUAAAACAGUGCAUUGCUGGGAUUUAGGCAGCAAUCAAAAGAUGCAGGUUGCACAGCAUGAGGCUCCAGUGAAAACAGUGCAUUGGAUUAAAGCUCCCUCUUAUUCCUGCAUUAUGACUGGUUCCUGGGAUAAAACAUUAAAGUUUUGGGAUACAAGAAGUGCCACACCAAUACUAACAAUUAACUUACCAGAGAGAUGUUAUUGUGCUGAUGUUGAGUAUCCGAUGGCAGUGGUUGGCACAGCUAAUCGUCACUUGAUAGUUUACCAGCUAGAAGGGCAGCCACAAGAGUACAAACAGAUAGAAUCCCCAUUAAAAUAUCAGCACAGGUGUGUAGCAAUCUUCAAAGACAAGAAGGGUGCUGGAGCUCCGGCUGGUUUUGCCCUUGGAAGUGUUGAAGGUCGAGUGGCUAUCCAGUAUAUAGUAGCAGCAUCACCAAGAGACAACUUCACAUUCAAGUGUCACAGAUCCAAUGGUACUUCCAAUGGAUUCCAAGACAUAUAUGCUGUGAAUGACAUCAAAUUCCACCCAGUUCAUGGUACAUUAGCAACUGUUGGAUCCGACGGGAGAUUUAGCUUUUGGGACAAAGAUGCACGGACAAAGCUCAAGAACUCUGAAGCAAUGGAGCAGCCCAUCUCCUGUUGUGCAUUUAAUCACAAUGGCCAAAUAUUUGCAUAUGCAGUUUCUUACGACUGGUCAAAGGUAUGGCUUUCAGUACUGUCUUCCUGUGUUCUUUUGUCUUCCUCCAGUACCUCCAGCAACUAUCUCUACUGUAUAUUACUAUAUGUUGGUACUAUUUUUCAAUACUAAUAACUUUCAUAUGGA